UUCCGAAAGGUAGUGUACGCCCUGCGUCCAUUACAAUUGAUGUACUAAGAAGUUAUAUUUGACGUGAAGAAUUGGUUGGGAAACAUAUCCUAUCAAUUAAAAUUGAAAACAGCUGCUCAUUAAAUCAGACAAUUUCAGUGCUGCCAUUGCCAUACCUAAAUUUCAUCACUAAAAAAUUCAAGAUCGUUGAUGGAGUCUUGCUGGGUAGAAAGCCAACAUACCAUAAGUGGACAAGAAGAAGAAGAAGAGCAAUGGUUCUCCUACGCCAUGCAGCUGAUGACAAUGAUGACAAUGCCGAUGGUGCUGAACGCCGCCGUAAAGCUGGAUGUGCUGGAAAUCAUUGCAAAAGCUGGACCUGGUGGAAAACUUUCACCCUCCGAGAUUGUAUCCCAAAUGCCCACAAAAAACCCUGAUGCACCUGAUUUUCUGGACCGGAUGCUUCGCCUCCUUGCCGGCUACUCGGUCUUGACUUGCUCGGUCGUUGAUGGUGGUGCCGGUGCUCAUCAUGAAAGACGAUAUGGGUUGGCACCGGUUGCCAAGUACUUUAUCAAACACCAAUAUGGAGCGACUCUGAGGCAGCUUUCGGUUUACCUUCAAAAUAAACUGCUGAUGGACUCCUGGUAUCAAUUAGAAGCUUCAGUUCUGGAAGGAGGAAAUGCAUUCAAGAGGACUCAUGGCUGUGAACUAUACGAGUAUAUGACAAAAGAUCCCAGGUACAAUGAGGCUUUCAAUAACGCGAUGAGCUGCCAUACAAAGGUAGUCCUAGAAAAGGCCCUCGAGUCCUACAAGGGUUUUGAAAAUCUCAAAACCUUAGUUGAUGUGGGUGGUGCUGUUGGACAAGCCAUCCAUAUGAUAACAUCUAAAUACCCCAACAUUAAGGGCAUUAAUUUUGACUUGCCACAUGUUAUUGAGCUUGCCCCAUCCUACCCUGGGAUUGAGCAUAAGGGGGGUGAUAUGUUUGAAAGUGUUCCAGAAGCGGACGCAAUUUUUAUGAAGUGGAUACUUCACAAUUGGGAUGAUGAGCAUUGCGUGAAGUUGCUGAGGAAUUGCUACAAGGCUUUACCAAAUGAUGGAAAGGUAAUUGUUGUCGAUGCAAUCGUUCCUGUGAAUCCUGAAAAUAGCGAAGCAGCUGCCAAAAGCAAUAUGCAAAUUGAUCUUUUCAUGAUGGCUGUUUGUUCCCCCGGUGCAAAGGGGAGAUCAGAGCUGGAAUUUCGGGCCUUGGCUACUAAAGCAGGAUUUAGAGGCAUAAGAGUCGAAUGUCGGCUCUUUGACCUUUGGGUGUUGGAAUUCUACAAGUAGAUUGAUGCAUGAAUGUCUGCUUUUAAGAACCUGUUUUUUAUUCUGAUUUAGAAGUCUGAUAAUAAUUGCAGAUGUAAUGCAAUAACAAUAAAUUUUGUCUGGUUUCGUACGAUUGAGCCGUCAAAAACAUCUUUCAUUUGUGUGCCUUUUUGUAAUCCUAGUUUCGCAUCAUCUGCUUUUGAAUAGGAGGUUUGGUUUGAACUCCUUCUGAAGAUGUGCUAAUGCAGCAGCUUGUCCGUUCUCGAAUUUGUUGUCUUCUCUAAACAGUGAAACAUCGGCAUUAGUACUUAA